UUGAAUAGCACAGAUGAAACGUCAAAAUUAACUGAGAAUUGGUAGAAGGCUACGGCCGUGGACUGGAGAUAUCUCUCGGCAGCAGCAGCAUCCAGUGCGUGUAGGUUCCACUUCGUGCAUCCCAUAUAGCCGAUCGGCUCACACUGUUGACAGCGAAAUUCUUGGUCCCAUCGUCACUCUGACUGUUGGCUUUGGAGUUGGACUGAUAGCAAAACAACUUCUUGGACUUAUAUCGACAGGACUGCGAAACAAUUCACCGUUCCAACGAUCCGAGUCGAAGACAGGAGAUUUAUUUUGCCCUCUCAUCACCGUAACGCAUGGUGGGCAUUUCUGCCUCUUUUCAGUGUCGCACUGAGAAGCGCCUCACCAUGCCCGACUCACCGGCGGAUGUGAAAACGCAGUCCAGGUUAACGCCCCCCACCAUGCCCCCGCCUCCCACCUCACAAGGAGCCCCCAGGACCAGCUCCUUCACCCCCACCACACUGACCAAUGGAAGUAGUCAUUCCCCCACCACGCUGAAUGGCGCUCCGUCUCCGCCCAACGGCUUCAGUAACGGCCCUUCCUCCUCCUCCUCGUCCUCGCUGGCCAAUCAGCAGCUGCCGCCGGCGUGUGGGGCGCGGCAGCUCAGCAAGCUCAAGCGCUUCCUCACCACGCUGCAGCAGUUCGGCAACGACAUCUCGCCCGAGAUCGGGGAGAGGGUGCGCACGCUGGUGCUCGGCCUGGUGAACUCCACUCUGACCAUAGAGAAUUCCACCUCCAAACUGCAAGAGGCGACCAACUUCCCGCUCCGACUUGUCAUCCCCUUUCUGAAGGCCAACCUGCCCCUGCUGCAGCGCGAGCUGCUCCACUGCGCGCGGCUGGCCAAGCAGAACCCCGCCCAGUACCUGGCCCAGCACGAGCAGCUGCUGCUGGACACCAGCACCACCUCGCCCGUCGACUCAUCCGAGCUGCUGCUGGACGUCAACGAGAACGGCAAGAGGCGGACGCCGGACAGAACCAAAGAGAAUGGCUUCGAGCGGGACACGCUGCACCCGGAGCACCCCAGCAAGAGGCCGUGCACCAUCAGCCCCGGCCAGCGCUUCAGCCCGUCCAACGGCCUGCCCUACCAGCACCAGCCCAACGGCAUGCCGCACCCCACGCCCCCCCCGCCGCCCCCACCGCAGCACUACCGGCUGGACGACAUGGCUCUGGCGCAUCACUACCGCGAGUCCUACCGCCACCCCAACCACCGCGAGAUCAGGGAGCGCCCCAGGCCCAUGGGAAUGCACGGAGCUCGGCAAGAGGAGGUCAUCGAUCACCGGCUCACGGACCGGGAAUGGGCAGAGGAGUGGAAACACCUUGACCAUCUGCUGAACUGUAUCAUGGACAUGGUGGAGAAGACGCGACGCUCGCUCACGGUGCUUCGGCGUUGCCAGGAGGCCGACCGCGAGGAGCUCAACUACUGGAUCCGCCGCUACAGCGACGCCGAGGACCUCAAGAAGGGCAGCAGCAGCAGCCAGUCACGCCAGCAGAGCCCCGGGAGCCAGGACGGCUCGCAAGCAGAGACUCACCGGGACCUGCUUCACAGGCCAGUGUCAGGCUAUGUGCCAGAGGAAAUCUGGAAGAAAGCCGAAGAGGCUGUGAACGAGGUGAAGAGGCAGGCCAUGUCCGAGCUGCAGAAGGCCGUGUCCGAGGCUGAGCGGAAGGCGCACGACAUGAUCAGCAGCGAGCGCGCCAAGAUGGAGCGCACCGUCGCCGAGGCCAAGCGGCAGGCGGCCGAGGAUGCCCUCUCCGUCAUCAACCAGCAGGAGGACUCUAGUGAGAGCUGCUGGAACUGCGGGCGCAAGGCCAGCGAGACGUGCAGCGGCUGCAACACGGCGCGCUACUGCGGCUCCUUCUGCCAGCACAAGGACUGGGAGAAGCACCACCACGUGUGCGGCCAGACCCUCCAGGCCCAGCAGCAGCAGCAGCAGCAGCAGCAGGGCGAGACGCCGGCCACCGUCAGCUCCUCGGCCACCCCCAGCAGCGGAGCGGUCAGCCCCUCCGACACGCCCUCGGCCGCCACGCCCCGCUCCACGACCCCCGGAACCCCCUCCACAAUAGAGGCCGCUACCCGUUAG